AGUCUGAGCAGCGCGGGCGCCCUGGGGACGCGCGUCCAGGUGGCUGCGGCCCGGCCCGGGGAGGCUCGUGGUUGCACCCGCACGGGGCGCGGGCGGAGCGGAGGCGGCCACGUCCCCUGGGCCGGGGCGCGGGCAGACCCGGCCCCCUGCGAGCCCGCUGCUCUCCCUGCAGAGGCCGCCCGGGCCGUGGACGGGGAGGGCGCGCCGCCCGGCGGUUCCCACGAGUCCGCGACCACGAUGAGGGUCCCCGAGAAGUACUCCACGCUCCCGGCCGAGGACCGCAGCGUCCACAUCGUCAACAUCUGCGCCAUCGAGGACAUCGGCUACCUCCCGUCCGAGGGCACGCUGCUCAACUCCCUGUCCGUGGACCCCGAUGCGGAAUGCAAGUACGGGCUGUAUUUCCGGGACGGCAAACGCAAGGUGGACUACAUCUUGGUUUACCAUCACAAGAGAGCCUCAGGAUACAGGACUCUGGCCAGGAGGGGACAGCACAACGACACGGUCCUGGGGGCCCGCAGCGUCAGGCAGGACCAGCCCCUGCCUGGGAAGGGGGGCCUGGUGGAUGCAGGCUCCCCCGAGACCCCCAUGGAUUACCACGAGGAUGACAAACGCUUCCGUCGGGAGGAAUAUGAGGGUAACCUGCUGGAGGCAGGCCUGGAGCUGGAGCGUGAUGAGGACACCAAAAUCCACGGCGUUGGGUUUGUGAAGAUCCAUGCACCCUGGCAUGUGCUCUGUAGGGAGGCGGAGUUUUUGAAGCUGAAAAUGCCAACUAAGAAGGUGUAUCACAUCAGUGAGACCCGAGGGCUCCUGAAAACCAUCAACUCCGUGCUGCAGAAGAUCACAGACCCCAUCCAGCCCAGGGUGGCCGAGCACAGGCCGCAGACCACCAAGAGGCUUUCCUACCCCUUCUCAAGGGAGAAGCAACACCUAUUUGACCUAUCGGACAGGGACUCCUUUUUUGACAGCAAAACCCGGAGCACAAUAGUCUAUGAGGUCUUGAAGAGAACUACAUGUACCAAGGCCAAGUACAGCAUGGGGCAAGGAGAGGGAGGAAAGAGAGACUCUGCCCUUCUGAGUAAAAGGCGGAAGUGUGGGAAAUACGGCAUCACCAGCCUUCUGGCCAAUGGCGUGUACUCUGCGGCGUACCCUCUACAUGACGGAGACUAUGAGGGUGAAAACGUCGAGUUCAAUGACAGGAAACUCCUCUACGAGGAAUGGGCAAGCUACGGUGUCUUCUACAAGUACCAACCCAUUGACCUAGUCAGAAAGUACUUCGGGGAGAAGAUCGGCCUGUACUUUGCCUGGCUGGGGGCCUACACCCAGAUGCUCAUCCCUGCCUCUAUUGUGGGCGUCAUCGUCUUCCUCUAUGGAUGUGCCACUGUGGACGAAAACAUCCCCAGCAUGGAGAUGUGUGACCAAAGACACAACAUCACCAUGUGUCCCCUGUGUGACAAGACCUGCAGCUACUGGAAAAUGAGCUCAGCGUGCGCCACGGCCCGGGCCAGCCACCUCUUCGACAACCCUGCCACCGUCUUCUUCUCUGUGUUCAUGGCUCUCUGGGCUGCCACGUUCAUGGAACACUGGAAGAGGAAACAGAUGCGGCUCAACUAUCGAUGGGACCUCACCGGCUUCGAGGAGGAGGAGGAAGCCGUCAAGGAACAUCCCAGAGCAGAGUAUGAAGCCAGAGUCCUGGAGAAAUCACUGAAGAAAGAGUCCAGAAACAAAGAGACAGACAAGGUGAGGCUGACCUGGAGGGACCGCUUCCCAGCUUACUUCACUAACCUGGUCUCCAUCAUCUUCAUGAUCGCGGUGACCUUCGCCAUCGUGUUGGGGGUCAUCAUCUACAGGAUCUCCACGGCCGCAGCCUUGGCCAUGAACUCCUCCCCCUUGGUGCGGUCCAACAUCCGGGUCACGGUCACAGCCACCGCAGUCAUCAUCAACCUUGUGGUCAUCAUCCUGUUAGACGAGGUGUACGGUUGCAUUGCCAGGUGGCUCACCAAGAUUGAGGUCCCAAAGACCGAGAAGAGUUUUGAGGAGAGGCUGACUUUCAAGGCCUUCCUGCUCAAGUUCGUGAACUCCUACACCCCCAUCUUCUACGUCGCCUUCUUCAAGGGCCGGUUUGUCGGACGUCCCGGUGAUUAUGUAUACAUCUUCCGCUCUUUCCGGAUGGAGGAGUGUGCACCAGGCGGCUGCCUCAUGGAGCUCUGCAUCCAGCUGAGCAUCAUCAUGCUGGGCAAGCAGUUGAUCCAAAACAACCUCUUCGAAAUCGGCAUCCCGAAGAUGAAGAAGUUUAUCCGCUACCUGAGGCUGCGCCGGCAGAGCCCCUCCGACCAUGAGGAGUACGUGAAGAGGAAGCAGCGGUACGAGGUGGAUUUCAACCUUGAGCCAUUCGCCGGCCUCACGCCAGAGUACAUGGAGAUGAUCAUCCAGUUUGGCUUUGUCACCCUCUUCGUUGCGUCCUUUCCUCUGGCUCCGCUGUUUGCCCUGCUGAACAACAUCAUUGAAAUUCGCCUGGAUGCCAAAAAGUUCGUCACGGAGCUCCGGAGGCCAGUGGCCAUCAGAGCCAAAGACAUCGGCAUCUGGUACAACAUCCUCAGAGGUGUGGGAAAGCUCGCUGUCAUCAUUAAUGCGUUCGUGAUCUCCUUCACGUCUGACUUCAUCCCGCGCCUGGUCUACCUCUACAUGUACAGUCAGAAUGGGACCAUGCAUGGUUUUGUUAACCACACACUGUCCUCCUUCAAUGUCAGCGACUUUCAGAACGGCACGGCACCCAACGACCCACUGGACCUGGGCUACGAGGUUCAGAUCUGCAGGUACAAAGAUUACCGUGAGCCCCCAUGGUCAGAACAUAAGUAUGACAUCUCCAAGGACUUCUGGGCUGUCCUGGCUGCCCGUCUGGCAUUUGUCAUCGUCUUCCAGAACCUAGUGAUGUUCAUGAGCGACUUCGUGGACUGGGUGAUCCCUGACAUCCCCAAGGACAUCAGCCAGCAGAUCCACAAGGAGAAGGUGCUCAUGGUGGAGCUGUUCAUGCGGGAGGAGCAGGGCAAGCAGCAGCUGCUGGACACGUGGAUGGAGAAGGAGCGGCCAAGGGACGCACCCUGCAACAACCACAGCCCCGCGGCCAGGCCCGAGGCCGGGGACAGCAGCCCGGCGCCCAGCUAUGAGUACUGCGGGGGUGCGCUGUAGCCGCGUUGGCAGGCCGGCAGGCCAGGGCUUCCCGACCAACACCGAGUGGCCAUUGGUUCCUUCCAGAGCCAGUGCCCCACCGGGCCCCCGUGUCGUCCGCACGUGUGGAGGACCACUCUGAUAAGACAUUCUUCUUUAUUUCUGUUUUCCCCUCGUUUUUGCACAAAGCCAUUAUGCAGGGACUUUUUUUAUCUUUAGUAUUUGAUGGAAAGGAUGGCUGGUGACGGGGCUGAACAGAGCAGAGCCGCGGGGCACAUGGAGGCUCCCCUGCAACAGGAGAGGCGGGAGCCCCAGGGUCAGCACCCUUAACCUAAAGGGUGCCUUGGGAUGGGUGCAGAAUGACGUGUGGGCAGCGGGUGGCGUUUCAGAGCAGGACGGCGACGUGGGUGUUGGUCCCAAAGGAGCCCCCUCUCCAGCUGGUGGGCCCAUUUGUCCGUCUUUUCUUUGAAAGCGCAGAAGCUUAGCCCUGUGAUGGGAAGCAGAAGUGACCAGCCUUCCACACAUGGCGGUUUCUGAUUAUUCCCGGGCAACUGGGGGUGCAGGUGCCCCCAAUUAACCAGGACCCUCGGUGUCCCUGGCAGGCUCCACGCCAGCCACUUGAGGGCACACCACGCUGAGCUGAUGUCCUCCUCAUGGCACAAGCCAGAGUGACAACUCAGAGGACGCCCUACAGAGUUGAAGAGCUCCGCCAAGCCCCAGGGCCCCCACAGGUUCAUUCAUUGCUUUAGAACCUUCUUUAUUGGGUUUUGUUUUGUUUUGUUUUGUUUUUAAAAAAAUAAUGUGGGAUUUGAGGAUUCUAUUUUCUAUAGCUCAAGGUGGAAGGAAUUUAUUUCAUUAGUUAACCAAAUAUCGAGAGGAAUUUAAAAUACUGUUACUACCAAAGAUUUUUCUUAAUAAAGCCUUCUAUUUUGGUAA